AUGACACAUAAUGAAGUCGAUCCUCAAAGAUUGAGUCAACCUUUCUCCCUCCCAGAUCCCACCAGUUUCUCCAACUUCCAGCGAGACAUCUACCAAUCCUUCCGGCCUCCUCUCUUCUCUACGAACCCCGCAAAAUGGGAGUCAUUGGCUAGGGAAAAGGUCCCCGCUGCCAACUUUGGCUACGUCUACGGCUCAGCCAGCAGCACUGCUACAGCCAAAGCUAAUACUGACGCCUUUCAUCGGUAUCGAUUGAGGCCACGAUUUCUCGUUGAUGUCACUAGGCGCGAUGUAGAAGUUGAGUUGUUUGGGGCGAAAUACAAAAGCCCUUUGCUUGUUUCACCGAUUGGUGUGCAGAGUAUCCUGCAUCCCGAUGCUGAGGAAGCUACUGCAAAAGCAUGUCAUAAUGUUGGUGUGCCCAUGAUUCUGUCAACUGCUGCUACGAGGUCAAUAGAGCAGGUCGCCAACGCCAACGCCGAUGGCGAUCGAUGGUUCCAACUUUACUGGCCCAAGCCCCAGUACGAAGAAGUCACAGCGAGUCUCCUCGCUCGCGCGAAAGCGUCAGGUUACAAAGUCCUCGUUGUCACUCUCGACACGUUCAGUCUGGGCUGGAGACCAACAGAUCUCGACACCUCUUACCUGCCCUUUGUUUGGGGUCAAGGCUGCCAAAUCGGCUUUUCGGACCCUGUCUUUAAUAGAAUGUUUGAUGAGAUGCAAAAGAACGAUUCAAGAGGUGUGGGAGAGAAACUGGCUGAACUAUGGUCGAUCAUGAAGCGGCCUGGCACCGUAUACGGUGCUGCACGUGUUCUUGCCAACGCGAGAACUAUGGUCAAGUCGAAAGCCUGGAUUGACGUGAUCAACUCGGGCACAUACCGUGAAUGGGCGCAUCUCAAGAUUCUGAAGGAGCUGUGGGGUGGUCCGAUUGUUCUGAAGGGAAUCCAGACAGUUGAGGAUGCUCAUUUGGCCAUUGAGCAUGACAUGGAUGGUAUCAUUGUGUCCAACCAUGGCGGUCGUCAACUCGAUGGUGCGGUAGCGUCACUUGACGCUCUCGCCGAGAUUGCAGCCGAUCAAAAGGUCAAGGAUUCUAACCUGACUAUCAUCUUCGACAGUGGUAUAAGGACGGGGUCAGAUAUACUCAAGGCACUGGCCCUUGGAGCGAAGGCGGUUUCCAUCGGUCGACCUUAUGCAUAUGGGCUUGCCGCAGGUGGACAGCAGGGUGUAGAGCACGUGUUGAAGUGCCUGCUCGCAGAUAUGGAUAACAUGCUCGCAAAUGUUGGUAGGAAGAGUAUUCGGGACCUAAGCAGAGAUGAUCUCCAGGUUUUGCCCCUGUCGAAACUAUGA